AUGUCGGAUGCACCAGAUGUCAAUGAUGUUGUUAUUCCAUUUGAUUUUCCAUUUGCAAUAUUAGGUGGUGGUUAUGAGAAUGUGAAAAUGAUCGACGAACCAUUGAAAUGCAAGGAAUAUUUUAUUGUUGAUAAUCCAACAAUGAAAGAUGUUGAUGUUAUCGAAAUAAAUUCGAAAAAUGGACCCAUUUAUAUAAAAGAAAUGCCCUUUGAAACGCAAAUGAUGACGUCAGAUAUUAGCCUAGAAACACCGAAAAUUGAAUAUAUUGAUGAGCAAUUACAAACUAGUCAAAUGACGACACCGCUGCCAGCACCAGGUCGUGUUACAGAAUUAUUCAAAAACUUUGAAAACCGACUUAUUCAUGAAAUUCAAGAGGUUAAAUCAAUGAUGAUGUCUGAGCAACGAACACGUCGAUCGUUCUCAACAGACUCAAAGGAAAUGCAGCUACAGAAUAAAAAAUGUUCAAAUACAGAUCUAAUUUCUCGUUCGCGUUCUCGUCCUAAUUUUCGAUCGGGUUCAAUGUCCGACAAUGAGAUGAGAAGUGGGGGUGAUUCAACGCCGUUGAAAUCAAGUACUUACAAUUAUCAUUUGAGUCGAAAGCAGCCAUCAGUUGCUUUGCCACAAUCAGCUGUUGUAAAACGUGUUACCGGUCAACAUCUUCAUUUAUUAACACCGUUACGCAGUGCUCUUCAACCAUCUAAAAAAAUGCCUCAGAAAGCAACUCGUACCACUGGUACUGGUUUAACAACACCGUUACAUACUGUUCACUCAACAACACCUGCUACUCGAAAAGGGAUCAAAUCAUCCGGUUAUGGUCAACAACAACAACCAGCUACAAUAGCUAGUUUUAGACGAAUAACACCAUUAACACGAAAAUGA